GUAUAUAGAAUGCCAGACUAGUUCACACACUUCAAACUGAGGACUGUCUAAGGGGUCGCGUGUCGUUCUAAAUACGUAAUUGGACCCCAAUAUUGAGAUGCAAGGGAACAGAAUGAAGAUAACAGUUAAUUUUAUUCGUGUGUCUGCAGCAUUACAAGUGAUAUGAUGACUGUGUGGAAACCACUGGACUGUUUUAAGGAAAAAUCUGAAACAAGAAUUGUACUGCUAUUAUUGAAUCAACCAAAUUCAUACAACAAAUCAUUUCUUACAAAUCUCUGGAAUAAAGCCUUGUUUCGGGUAUCAGUUGAUGGUGGUACCAAUCAUCUGUAUGAUGCAUUCAAAGAUGAAGCAGCUGCCUACCUUCCUGAUCUAAUUACCGGGGAUUUUGAUUCAAUCCAGGACUCUGUAAAAAGGUUUUAUCAGGACAAGGGAGUAGAGAUUGUGGAAACCCCGGAUCAAAACUACACAGACUUUACAAAGGCCAUUAUGGAGAUUAGCAAAAGAUUGGAAGAUCAACAGAUUGACAACAUUAUUGUUUACGGAUCAUUUGAGGGCAGACUUGACCAUGUGUUUGCCAAUGUGAACACUCUUUUUGAAGCCAGUCAGUACACAAGUGCCAGAGUGAUGCAGUUUUCUGAGGACACUGUUGCUUUCCUCCUGCAAACGGGCACACAUCAGAUCAUGGUGGAUCCAGGACUUUGUGGGCAGUGGUGUGGUUUGAUUCCAAUAGGGGAACCCUGUCAUUGUGUGACUACACAAGGACUUAAGUGGAAUUUAGAAAAGGGAAGCAUGAGGUUUGGCGAACUUAUAAGUACGUCCAAUACACUAAGCAGUGACACAGUCAGGAGCGUUACUGUGGAGACAGACCAACCUUUAUUGUGGACCAUGGGGAUCUCUGUACACAAGGUCUUCCCCAUCUGAAUCCACGAUAUAUUCCAUGUAUUCAAGAUUUACCUCUGCUUUGCUACAGUUUGAAGAAUCCAAUAAAUUGUUUCGGAUACUUCCUCUGCCUGACCAGUGUCUUACUUAGAAGUGAAGAAGAAUAUUUUUGUACACUGUACAUGGUACAAUGUAAUAUAGAAGGAUUUGCUGGUCCUUCAUGGUUUACAAAAAAUGCAUGAAAUUUUUGUAAGAGAAACAAGAAAAUAUUUUUGUUAUAAAUGGAUGAAAAUAUUUUACGGAUUUUAAAUUUUAAAUUUUUUGUUUUUUUUUGUUUUUGAUAUGUAUGUAGUGAUAUGGAGUUUGAUUGAAUUUUUAAAGUUUAAUUUUGUAAUUUUAUUUUAGAUAUAAUUGAAAAUAUUUAUAGGUGAUACUAUUACAUGAUUUUUAGAAGUUAGAUUUUUUAAGGCACCAAUUUUACAUUAUAUUUUGUAUCUUUAAUGUUCUCUCUCUCUCUGUCUCCCUCUCUCUCUCUCUCUCUCUCUCUCUCUCUUUACUUACCCUGCAAGAUGAUGUUAUUGCAACCAUCGCUGCAAAUUCCAUCGCCAGUAAUAUGUUAAUGAAAACUGCCGAUGAAGUUUGCAACGACCAUUACAACUCGGAUGAGGUUUUCUGACGGAACGCUUUGAUCUGCCGUGUGAAUUAAUUUUUGUAUGUGUCGAACAUGCAAUUUAAGGUAAAAAUUACAAUAAAGGAUUUCCUGUAUUAUUUAAAUCACUUUUAUGUAUUUGUUAACUAUGAGUGGAUUUGAAGUACUUCAUCGAAUAUCAUUAGGGGUAGAGUCUACAUCCAUACGAUUUUUAGAAUAUUUUUGAUAAUUAAACUUUGCGUCAAAUGAUUUUAAAGCUGUUGGCCAUCAGUCGUUGACCUCCAAUGAAAGCCGCAUUUUGAGAGGAUUAGUAAUUUUGUUUGGUCAUUCAAUCGACGUAAUUGAACUAUCAUAAUUUUGGGCACUACAUAAAACUGAACACCUGUCACGUUUCCUCCGCCUACUUUCGCUCCGACAUUAUUUAAUUAUAGAAAGGGAAAUAUAUUCCAUUCCAUGUUUUUUUUUUUUUAUCAAUCCUUGCUAAUACAUGUACAUGUAGUUGUUCCGUAAGUCCAAGUUUGCAAACUUUGACAAGAAAGGUGUAGUGUAGCGCGAAGUUUUUAAAAUUCAUUUAUCCGAUCAACAAUGGAUUCUUUUAAUGUAAUAGUUUUUUAACGAGUUUAUAGAUACAUGUAGUUUUAUUUAGUAUACAGUAUCAAAUAUACAUGUAUUGCACAAAAAGAAGGAAAAAAAGACUUUUUUGAAAAAAUGAACUUACUUUGUAUACAUGAGGUUUGAUUGUGAAGAUACAAAUAGUAUUCACUCCAAACAUAUUAGAAAGAUGUUCUAAAAAGUGAUUAGAGAUAAAUGUUUUUUAAAAACUAUUUUAAGAAAUGAUUUGAAUUUUGAAAUUGUGUGAUUGACUUCCCCAGUUUCGCUUUUUCUUUCGCUUUUAUAAGUAUAUAAACAAUUUCUGAAAAGCAAGAAAUGUCAAAAUUCACGGCGAGAUAUGACGAAAUGCUAGUGCACAGUUUUGUGAAAUACUGACAUCCGUACAGGAAGAGUGUUAUUAAGAGAUUUAUGACGCCAAUAGAAAGCUCGCCACGAAGCAUGCACUUCAUCUUUAUCCUCCAAGAUUUUGUAUUGGAUUUAUGAAUGUGCAUAAUCUAUGUAAUUUGUACUAUAUCAACGAAUUCCGUGUCACAAGAUAAGAUAUUUAUUGUACAAUAUAUUAUUCUCAUUUUCAUAAUUAUGUACCACUAUAUAUAUAUAUAUAUAUAGAGAGAGAGAGAGAGAGAGAGAGAGAGAGAGAGAGAGAGAAAAGAAUUCAGUAUUUGAUACAGUAAUUACAUCCAAUAAUAAAAGUCAAGAAACACAAAACUCGAAUAACAUUUCACUGUUAGCGCUUUCGGCUUUAAUGCCUCUUCAGACAGUUAUAAAAUGAAGUACCAAAUGUUAUUCGAGUUUUGUGUUUCUUGACUUUUAUUAUUGGAUAUCUAUAUACACACAUAUAUAUAUGCUUUAUAUUAUUUAGUGCUUUAUAUAUAUAUAUAUAUAUAUAUAUAUAUAUAUAUAUAUAUGAAAAUACUAUAAGUAAUUUAUUUAUUUAUAGUGACAUGUGUAUAUUUACAGACAUUGCACAUGAACUUGCUGUAUAAAAUAUUUUUUUCAAUCUUAUGAUUUAUUUUGAUGAAAUAAAUUGAAAUGAGAGUAAAUACAAUUUUUCUCUCUCUAUGUACUUGUAUUCGUAGUUCCUACAUAUGCUAAAGGUCUUUAUGCGCCAUGUCAGGUAUUUUGAUAUUCUAAAGGUAACCUAGUAUAUGUAGUGUAUCUGCAGGCGGUUUCUGAAUUGUGUAAAUAAUCGCUAUUUAUAUAUGAUAUUUGCAUCUCGUUUUGUUUCUGGUGGAUUUAGCCAAUACAUGCAAUACCAAAGUCAUGGCUAUCAUCAAUACAGUCUCAAGAAUUGUG